ACCGCCGAGGAGGAGAGGCUCAUCAUCCAGCUCCACUCCAAGAUGGGGAACAAGUGGGCUCGGAUGGCCGCUCAUGUAAGCUCCCUGUUUGAUGCCAUGCUUCACUUAUACAUGAUAGCAGUUGAGCUUGCUGUUCUUACCUCCUCUGAAGAUUUCCCCUGAGUCAUGGUUACAUGGGGUUAAAAGCUUAUAAGUUUACUUGUUUUUUUUUUUUUGCCUAAUCUGAUGAAAACUGCGUUGUUAUCUAUGAUAUGCGUAGUUUUUCAGGCACGCCUAACUUGAUGUUUCCAGGGAGAAUUUGUGUGCUAUUUUGAUCUUUUUAGUGUUUAUAUAGACAAUUUUUAGUUCAAUUUGUAGAAUUCGUUUAUAGUGAUUGCUUUUAUUGAAGAAUAAUUCCAUGGAUUAUAUCAAGUGAAGUAUUUUGCUGCAAGGAUUAGAAUUAUGUUACCCACUAUUUUCCUUGUGUUUUAUGCUUUUUCUAGUGCAAGACAGAAAGUUAACAUCAAACUUUUGGUUUUAAAAUUACGUUUUGUGAUUUUUAAAAGGACUCUCAUGUAGCACAGUAGCAACCUGCACGAAGCCCUGCUGCUUUCAAGUUCCAAAAUUGAUUUCCAACACCUAGGUGCUAAGAUUAAGAUCUGAACGUCGUUCACUUUUGCAUAGUUCUUUUUUUGCUUUAUCUUCUCAAGUUCAUAUGUGAGACAUGAUCCUAUGGAACGACAGGAUUAGGUAUUUAUUCUUCGUGUGCGAGCAGCAGAGAAUACAAAUAGUGUUUCAUCGCUAGCUUUGUUGUUACUGAGAGCAAGUUGUCUACAUCAAAGGUUUUAAAAUUGUUUGGUGCAGUUAUAUGCCUUAAAUCUGUUCAUUUUGGAUUAUUAACUGUGUUAGUGUUUGUCGUAUAGAACUAUAAACAACAUAAUGACAAUUCACAAGGUAACACAAUUGAUGUAUUUCAGUGUGGUCAAGUAGCGUUUAGAGUAACCAUGUAAGGCCUUUCAACCUUGUUGAAUUUCAUGAUCCACAGAAUUGGAUUAAUUUUCUGUCAUGAUAGUGUGAACUUACUGAGUUUCUAUGAUAUUUUUAACUGAUCAAAUUUGUACUCACAAUGACGCGAGUGCAAAUUAGGCUGCUGUCUGCCAAAUAAUUUCAUAUGCUUUCCUGUGUAUCUAAGUCUUUUGAGUAUGUUCAUCAUUUAUCCUGAGCUCUUUGCACAUGUUUUCAACACUUCUUUUUAUACCUUGAGCACAUUUUCUCAGUUACCAGGCCGCACUGAUAAUGAAAUAAAGAAUUACUGGAAUACUAGAAUAAAGAGAUGCCAGCGAGCUGGCCUACCCAUCUACCCUACCAGCGUAUGCAAUCAAUCCUCAAAUGAAGAUCAGCAGGGCUCCAGUGAUUUUGACUGUGGCGAGAAUCUGUCGAAUGAUCUUCUGAAUGCAAAUGGUCUUUACCUACCAGAUUUUACCUGUGACAAUUUCAUUGCUAAUUCAGAGGCUUUACCUUAUGCACCGCAUCUUUCAGCUGUUUCUAUAAGCAAUCUGCUUGGCCAGAGCUUUGCAUCAAAAAACUGUAGCUUCAUGGAUCAAGUAAACCAGACAGGGAUGCUAAAACAAUCUGAUGGUGUGCUUCCUGGAUUGAGUGAUACCAUCAAUGGUGUACUUCCCUUAGUGGAUCAAUUCUCAAAUGACUCUGAGAAGCUCAAUCAGGCUGUGGGUUUUGACUAUCUCCAUGAAGCCAACUCUAGCAGCAAGAUUAUUGCACCUUUCGGGGGUGCACUUAAUGGCAGCCAUGCCUUUUUAAAUGGCAACUUCUCUGCUUCUAGGCCCACAAGUGGUCCUUUGAAGAUGGAGCUCCCUUCACUCCAAGAUACUGAAUCUGAUCCAAAUAGCUGGCUCAAGUACACUGUAGCGCCUGCAUUGCAGCCUACUGAGUUAGUUGAUCCCUACCUACAGUCUCCGGCAGCAACUCCUUCAGUGAAAUCUGAGUGCGUGUCGCCAAGGAAUAGUGGCCUAUUGGAAGAGUUGAUUCAUGAAGCUCAGACCCUAAGAUCCGGGAAGAACCAACAAACAUCUGUGAGGAGUUCUAGUUCUUCUGUCGGUACGCCAUGCAAUACUACGGUAGUUAGCCCAGAGUUUGAUAUGUGUCAGGAAUACUGGGAAGAACAACAUACUGGUCCUUUCCUCAAUGACUGUGCUCCUUUCAGUGGCAAUUCACUCACUGAAUCCACCCCUCCUGUUAGUGCUGCAUCACCUGAUAUCUUUCAGCUCUCCAAAGUUUCCCCAGCACAAAGCACUUCAAUGUGUUCUGGAGAGCAAGCAAUGGGGCCUAAAUAUGAACCUGGGGACACUUCACCUCAUCCUGAAAACUUCAGGCCAGAUGCAUUGUUUUCUGGGAAUACAGCGGACCCAUCAGUUUUCAACAAUGCCAUAGCAAUGCUUCUGGGCAAUGACUUGAGUAUCGAGUGCAGACCCGUUCUUGGUGACGGACUUGUGUUCAAUUCUUCCUCAUGGAGCAACAUGCCACACGCCUGCGAAAUGUCAGAAUUCAAAUGAAUUCUGUAUUUGAUAUUUCCCAGACGCUAAAGGAGAGAUUCUUGGCUCUAUCAGAUGUGCUCAUGUGCAACUAGCCCUUUUGUCCAAUAAAGUGCAUGGAGAUGAGCCGGUUAUUUAUUGUUUUAUUUUUGUAUUAGAGAACCCUUUUUGUCAUCUCUAUUGCCCGAAUUCUGUCUGGAAAUUCGUCGUUUUUUGUUUCAACAAUGUCAGACCUGUUUGUUGCAUUUGUGAUGUACUAUCUUGUUGAACAUUUACCACUUGCCAAUCAAUAGGAAUUUGUUACUACACACCCUGUUACAUUUUCUUUUUCUGCAACCUGCAAACCUGGUACUCGAAGUCAAGAGUUGUUUUAUAGGUAAGCAUGCUUUGCAAAUGCACUGAUUCAUUAUCAUAUUUAGACUUGCCCAUGGAAAGCAGCAAUGUUGUGGCUCCAGUUUUGGCUUUUGGAAUCUGCUUGCUUUAGCUGGUGGCUGAAGAGAAAAGGAGCCAUAAGCCUCGGAGUUGAAUGAUUAGAGCUGGCAUAUAUGGUUUCACGGUUGGAACCCAACUCAAGUUGUCAUGUGUGACAUGAUGAACAAGUUGCGACAUUACACGAUCACAAAACGAUAUACCUAAUUUCCU